UAACUUCUACAUCCUCAAAACAUCACAACCUUCUACUAUCGACAGCGAAAACCAACACUAUAAACCCCCAUGUGUGAGGAAGAAAGUGAAAACUUUAACCUUAUGCAUCAAAACCCCAGACUUCUGUUAUCAACAUCAGAAGUUUCGAUCUUGGCAUUGCUAGAUUGGCUUGUGCUACUUUAGUAAGUGAACAUUUUCAUCAAAGAUUGCAUCUCCUUCAGCUUCUUGAUCAAAGCAAAUAGUAAGCAACACUUUCACUCUAAGACAAAUUCCAUAAUAAUACUGAGAAGUAAAUGUAAAAAAAAAAACAGUCUUCACAGACCGAAUUUGCAUGGUAAUAUCAAAGAAAGAGCAGUAAAUUUUGAAGAUUGACGAAGACGGAGUUCAAAUGUCCACUAAUCUUAUUAAAUUACCAAAUGGUUUUCUACUCACAUCAUUAAAUAUAAUUAGAGCAUAUGUAGUUUCAAUGUUUACCAUUUCUUCACGUUUGAAGAUUCCUUAUAAACAAUCAAUCGUAAUCUUUGAAUACUACAAAAUAUAGGAGUCAAGUUGUUAAAUCAAAGCAGCCGUAGACGUUGGGAUAUAAUAUGUGGUAAUAUGUGGAGUAUUUUGACGUCCUCCUUGAGUUAUAUUGACAUGGUCUUGAUUGUGUAGCUGCAUUUAUAGAGAACAACCCAAGACUUGAGGUUUAUUUCCUAAUCCUAUAUAAGAAAAAAAAAGAUUUAGAGAAAACCUUAAAAAAGAGAAAAAAAGUUAAGAGAGGUUGAAGAUGAAUAAGGUGCAUGGUCUGUUUUUGGUGGCUAUUUUCAUUCUUGCUUCUACAAAGCUGGUUAUGGGUCAAUCUUCGCAAAAUUGCCAAACGAAAUGCGGCAACGUCUCAAUCGAGUACCCUUUUGGCACUUCUCCAGGUUGUUACUACGCUGGAGAUCCUAGUUUCAAUAUCACAUGUAACCCUUCAAAUAAGCUGAUCUUUGGCGGCAACGAAGUGAUCAACAUCUCACACAGCGGCGAGCUACGCGUCUUGAAUACAAGAUCCUAUGUUUGCUACGACAGGCAAGGAAACGAGACUGGCCGCAUUAACCGGUGGUCUAGUCUUGGUAACUUAACAUUCUCAGACAAGAACAGGUUUGUUGCGGUAGGCUGUAACACUUACGCAUUUCUGAACACUGACGGUGUUGGAAAUUACUCAACUGGAUGCAUGUCAACAUGUACUUCUCCAAGGGAGACAAAUGGAUCAUGCACUGGUGGAGGUUGCUGCCAGACCUCUCUCCCUAGAGGGAGCCACUACUUCAUGGUCUCUCCGUAUAGCUUUUCCAACCAUACUUCUGUUUAUAGCUUCAACCCUUGCAGCUACGCCUUUCUAGUCGAAGAUGGUAAGUAUAACUUCAGAUCUUCAGAAGAUCUUAUGAAUCUGAGGAAUAUCGAGAGGUUUCCUGUGGUGCUUGAUUGGUCUAUUGGUCAAGAUUCAUGCGAGUACGUUGGAAGGGGGAACAUAUGUCGUGGGAACAGCAUGUGUUCCAAUUCUGUCCGCGGAACCGGAUAUAUCUGCAGAUGUAAGGAAGGGUUUGAUGGGAAUCCAUAUCUUUCAAACGAAAAUGGUUGUCAAGACAUAGACGAGUGCACUACUAGUAGACAUAACUGUUCAGCUUCCAGCAUCUGUGAAAACACCAUGGGACACUUCCUUUGUAAUUGCCCAUCUGGUUACAACUUAAAUGCCACCAAUAAUAGCUGCAUGCGUAAAGGCAGGCCUGAAUACUAUGGAUGGACUCAAAUUUUUCUUGGAACAACCAUCGGCUUCUUGGCCAUCCUACUUGUCAUUAGCUGUGUACAACGGAAAAUGAAGCACAGGAAAAGCACCGAGCUCCGAAAACACUUCUUCGAGCUAAACGGUGGCGGCAUGUUGAGACAGCGACUCUCGGGAGCAGGGACAUCAAAUGUUGAUGUCAAAAUCUUUACUGAGGAAGGCAUGAAGGAAGCAACUAAUGGUUAUGACGAAAGUAGAAUCCUGGGCCAGGGAGGCCAGGGAACAGUCUACAAAGGGAUAUUACCGGAUAAGUCCGUAGUUGCUAUAAAGAAAGCUAGGCUUGGAGAUUGUAGCCAAGUAGAGCAGUUCAUUAACGAAGUUCUUGUGCUUUCACAGAUCAACCAUAGAAACGUGGUCAGGCUCUUGGGCUGCUGUCUAGAGACUGAAGUUCCCUUGCUGGUCUACGAGUUCAUUAACAGUGGCACCCUUUACGACCGCUUGCACGGUUCCAUGUCUGAUUCUUCUCUGACAUGGGAACACCGCUUGAGGAUUGCCGUAGAAAUUGCUGAAACUCUAGCAUAUCUUCACUCAUCUGCUUCUAUCCCAAUCAUCCACCGAGAUGUCAAGACUGCUAAUAUACUCUUGGAUGAAAACUUAACUGCAAAGGUAGCUGACUUUGGUGCUUCAAGGCUGAUACCGAUGGAUAAAGAGCAGCUCACAACUAUGGUUCAAGGAACUCUAGGUUACUUAGACCCAGAAUACUACAACACAGGGUUGCUAAACGAGAAGAGUGAUGUCUAUAGCUUUGGGGUAGUCCUGAUGGAACUUCUCUCAGGACAAAAGGCACUGUGCUUCGAAAAACCACAACAGUCAAAACAUCUUGUGAAUUACUUUGCUUCUGCCAUGAAAGAAAAUAGGUUGCACGGAGUCAUUGACGGACAAGUGAUGAACGAGUCUAACCAGAGGGAGAUACAUGAAGCUUCAAGAAUUGCUGCUGAGUGUACGAGACUGAUGGGAGAGGAGAGGCCAAGGAUGAAAGAAGUAGCUGUACAGCUUGAGGCCUUGAGAGUCACAAAAACAAAACAGCAGUGGUCGGAUCAGUAUAAUGAGCCAGAGGUGAAUGAGCACUUGGUCGGUGUUGAAAUCUUAUCAGCACAAGGGGAUGCGAGUACCACUGGCUAUGACAGCAUCAAGAAUGUAACAAGAUUACACAUUGAAGCUGGCCGUUGAUUAGACUGUAGGCGACAUUCCAUUGGAUCAUGAUCAUGUUUCUUUUCUCUUACUUUUCAUCCUAGCCCUCUCUUGUCCUCAACACAACUUAUUUAAGGUUUUAGCAACACACUAACCUCUUCACACACACACGAUGUGUUUUGACACCUAAAUGAGAGUUUUCUUUUACACCUCCACAGGGUCUAAACUACUGGGAUUUGAUUUGGACUUGAAGCAUUCAGAGAUCGAUUGAACAAUGGAACUGUUGAUCUCGGUUUGACCAUUCAGGUAAUGUAAACAGUCUCAAAAACCAGAAGAGCUGCCAGAAGAAGUUGUCUGAGUCUGAGCAAGAUUGGCCUUUGUUGUAACUUGCAUUCUGUUCAAUGAUAUUGUCUUCUUGUAUGUUAUUUUGGCUCUCUACUACAUUUUCUGUAAAGGUUCAAUUAUAACUCAUUCCAAAGAUCCAAGUCAAUAGAUUCGCUGUUUAUA